AUGAACGGCGAGGAGCAGUACUACGCGGCCACCACCCAGCUUUACAAGGACCCGUGCGCCUUCCAAAGGGUUCCCGGGCCCGAGUUCAGCUCCAGCCCCCCUGCGUGUCUGUACAUGGGGCGCCAGCCGCCGCCGCCGCCACCCCCACCCCCGUUCGCCGGCGCCCUGGGGGCGCUGGAGCAGGGCAGCCCACCCGACAUCUCUCCCUACGAGGUGCCCCCCCUGGCCGACGACCCCGCCGCCCGGUCGCACCUGCACCACCACCUCCCAGCUCAGCUCGCGCUGCCGCACCCGCCCGCCGGGCCCUACCCGGAUGGCACCGAGCCCGGGAUUCUGGAAGAACCCAACCGGGUUCAGCUCCCGUUCCCGUGGAUGAAGUCCACCAAAGCUCACGCGUGGAAAGGCCAGUGGGGAGGCGGCGCGUACGCGGCGGAGCCCGAGGAGAACAAGCGGACGCGCACGGCCUACACGCGCGCGCAGCUGCUGGAGCUGGAGAAGGAGUUCCUCUUCAACAAGUACAUCUCCCGGCCGCGCCGCGUGGAGCUGGCCGUGAUGCUGAACUUGACCGAGAGGCACAUCAAGAUCUGGUUCCAGAACCGCCGCAUGAAGUGGAAGAAGGAGGAGGGCAAGAAGAGCGGCGGCGGCGGCGGCGGCGCGGGCGGCACUGUCACCGGGGGCGGCAGGGGCGCGGAACCCGAGCAGGACUGCGCCGUGACCUCAGGCGAGGAACUGCUGGCUUUGCCCCCACCGCCACCUCUCGGGGGUGCUGUGCCCCCCAGCGGCCCCUCGGCUGCCCGCGAGGGUCGCCUGCCGCCCGGCCUUAGCGCAUCGCCGCAGCCCUCCAACGUGGCGCCCCGGCGGCCGCCGCAGGAACCUCGGUGA